UGAACACAGAUUAAACUUCAGGGAUGAAUGUUGAUCGACUGGAUAUACUUGAAAAUACGAUGGUUGCCAAUGAUCAGGUUACAUUGCUACAUUGCCAUCUAACUAUUUCUCUCUCUAUCCCUCGCUCUCUCUCAGUGUCCGUUCAGGAGAGUUUGGAGAGGAAGUUUGGAAAGCAGGGAGGACCGAUCCCUGUUGUCCCAACCGCUGACUUCCAGGCCAGAGUCGCUGGUGCUUCUGAGAAGGACAUUGUUCACUCUGGGCUGGCCUACACCAUGGAGAGAUCUGCCAGGCAAAUCAUGCGUACGGCCAGUAAGUACAACCUGGGUCUGGACCUGCGGACGGCUGCGUACGUCAACGCCAUCGAGAAGGUGUUCAAGGUCUACAACGAGGCCGGCAUCACCGUCACAUAAUCACCCUAUCGAAGUCAGACCCCUCCCAUACUGCCCUGCUAUUGGUUCCACCGCUUCUGGUCCAUGAGACGGCUUGAAACUGGCUAACUAAUGCG